GUUCAUAAAUCCUCUUCCAUAAUGGACUCAUUUAAAAAUCUUGUCCCACAAUUCGCUACUGUAAUACGAGAAGGAGAAGUAAACACUGUUACUUCAGAUCAGAUAGUUAAAGGGGAUAUUGUUGAAGUAAAAUUUGGAGAUAGAGUUCCAGCUGAUAUUCGAAUAAUAGAAGCUCACGGCUUAAAAGUGGACAAUUCUUCCUUAACUGGGGAAUCAGAGCCUCAAGUAAGAUCUGCUGAGUUUACACAUGAAAACCCACUGGAAACGAGAAACUUGGCAUUUUUUUCUACAAACGUACUAGAAGGGACUUGCCGUGGUGUUGUCAUUGCUACGGGUGAUAAUACAGUUAUGGGAAGAAUAGCAAACUUGGCAGCAGGUCUAGAUGACGUACAAUCACCUAUUUCCAGGGAAAUUCAACUUUUUAUACGAUUUAUUACUAUUUUUGCUGUUAUAUUAGGUGUCUCUUUUUUUGGACUCAGUUUAAUGCUAGGAUAUUCGUUUAUAAAUGCAUCUGUUUUCCUGAUUGGUAUUAUUGUUGCAAACGUUCCUGAGGGCUUACUUGUAACUGUAACUGUGUGUUUAACACUUACGGCCAAGCGUAUGGCAUCAAAAAACUGCUUGGUCAAAAACUUGGAAGCCGUGGAGACUUUGGGAUCAACAUCAACAAUUUGUUCUGAUAAAACAGGCACCUUAACACAAAAUCGAAUGACAGUUGCUCACUUAUGGUAUGAUCAGGUAAUAGUGGAAUCUGAUACAACAGAGUCUUUUCGUGGAUCACAUUUUAAUAAUGAGGAUAAAUCUUUUAAUGCUCUUCUUCUGUGUGCUGCCCUUUGUAACUCAGCUGAAUUCAAAGGUGGCCAAGAUGAUAUACCAGUUUUUAAAAAAGAUAUCAAUGGAAACGCUUCAGAGGCGGCUCUUUUAAAAUUUGCGGAGACAGUUUUUGGAGGCAUUGGAUCUAUUCGGCAAAAGCAUUCUAAAUUGACAGAAAUUCCAUUUAAUUCAACAGAAAAGUAUCAAGUCUCAGUUCAUGAAUUUAUUUCAACAGAUGGAUAUUUUAUAGUUGAAAUGAAAGGAGCUCAGAAAAGAAUUUUGGAUCGCUGUGACAUGAUAAUAAUUCAAGGUCAGUCCGUGAAACUUACGCCUACUUUAAAAAUGGAAUUCGAGGAAGCUUAUUUGGAGAUGGGCGGAAUGGGUGAAAGAGUUUUAGGAUUUGCAGACCUCAUACUUCCCAGGUCUCAAUAUCCAGUUUCUUACGAGUUCAGCGCAGAGCCUCCAAAUUUUCCCCUAGAAAAUCUUCGUUUUCUAGGAUUAAUAUCUUUAAUUGAUCCGCCCCGUGCUGCAGUUCCAGAUGCAGUUGCAAAAUGCCGAUCGGCAGGAGUACGAGUAAUUAUGGUAACUGGUGAUCACCCUAUUACAGCUAAAGCCAUAGCCCGUAGUGUAGGUAUAAUUACAAAGCCGACUGCUGAAGACAUUGCCAAGCAACGUAACGUAAGGGUACAAGAUGUCGAUGUCCGACAAGCUACUGCUAUAGUGGUGCAUGGUGGUGAGCUUCGUGAGAUGAAAGCCGAAGAAUUAGAUGCAGUUAUUUACUACCACAAUGAAAUUGUUUUUGCACGAACUUCCCCUCAACAAAAGUUAAUUAUCGUAGAAGCAUGUCAAAGACGUGGAGAAAUUGUUGCUGUUACUGGGGAUGGUGUUAAUGACUCGCCUGCUUUGAAACGGGCUGAUAUUGGUGUUGCAAUGGGCAUAUCAGGAUCUGAUGUUUCGAAGCAGGCAGCGGACAUGAUUUUACUCGAUGAUAAUUUCGCAUCAAUAGUUGUGGGUAUUGAGGAAGGUCGUCUUAUUUUUGACAAUCUUAAAAAAUCGAUUGCAUAUACUUUAACUUCGAAUCUUCCGGAAAUAAUGCCGUUUCUAUGUUUUGUGAUAUUUGAUAUACCGUUAGCUUUGGGAACUAUCGCAAUUCUAUGCAUCGAUAUCGGCACUGAUAUGCUUCCGGCGAUAUCACUAGCUUAUGAAAAAGCGGAAUCUGAUAUAAUGUCCCGUAUGCCAAGAGAUCCCUUUGAGGACCGUUUGGUGAAUAAAAAGUUAAUUUUAAUGGCAUACUUGCAAAUUGGAAUAAUACAGACGGUUGCCAGUUUCUUUACAUUUUUUGCAAUAAUGGCUGAGCAUGGGUUCCCCCCUUCUAGACUUCUUGGAAUUCGACAUGACUGGGACUCAUCAGAUGUUGAAGAUCUUGAAGAUGGAUACGGACAGGAAUGGACCUACAGAGAACGUAAAGUUCUAGAGUAUACCGCAGGCACAGGUUUUUUUGUGACGAUAGUAGUGACACAGGUGUUUGAUCUUUUAAUAUGCAAAACUAGACGAAACUCAAUAUUGCAACAAGGUAUGAAUAAUCACGUACUUAACUUCGCGCUGGUUCUUGAAUUCAUCAUUGCCUGCCUGCUUUGCUAUGUACCUGUAUUUGAAAAAACCUUAAGAAUGUAUUCCAUUAAAUUUAUUUGGUGGAUUUAUGCGUUCCCUUUUGGCUUACUUAUUUUUUUUUUUGACGAGGGCCGUAAGUUUCUUAUAAGAAGAAAUCCAGGUGGGUGGGUGGAGCAAGAAACAUAUUAUUAAUUUUAUUUUAUUACCACAUUCGAUUUUCCACAAACAUAUUUAUCUUUACUAUUUAAUUAUUGCUAUAGUUAUA